AUGCCUACUCUUGAACUGAACUACGCCACAAAGGACGAGCUGGCCUUCCUCGACACCGAGGUCAAGAGAAAGCUCAAAGUCUCCGGAGACAAGAUCGAGUACACCGCUACCGAGCUCGCGGAGAAGGACAGCGAGGAGCGCGCAAAGCUCGCUGGCGUGUACAACUUGAACAAGGAGUCUUACGAUGCCACCCUCAACUAUCGUCUCUGCCCCACCAAGGGCGGCGACGAAAUGAUCUGGGGCGGUACCUUUGCCCAGAUGCGCCGCAAAUACGACCCGCGGCCGGUCAAGAUCUACAACGCUCGUGGCAAGGAGUCCGAGUUUAGCCUGGACAAGACCGGAUUCCAAUUCGAGCACUUCCCUACUUCGUACAAAGACUUCCCGUGGAGUCCGAUCGAUGAAAAACUCAAUAAGAUUUAUAAUGCCGAAUGUGAGGAGUUCAUGAGAAAGCUGACCGGAGCGAGUGAUGUCCGUGUUAUCUCCCACAUCAUCCGCCAGCGUCAAUGGGAGAGCACAGACCCCGAAGAGGAUAAGGACAAGCCGGACAUGGCCAUGACAGACGGAGGUCUGCUCUCCGCCCGCUUCGUCCACAUCGACCAGUCUGACCUAGGCGCCAAGCGCCGCCUUUAUGAUGACCUUCCUCCCGGGGAAGGCGCCAAGCACGACGGAAAGCACCGUUGGGCCAUUGUCAACCUCUGGAGACCCAUGGACGAGGUCCACCGCGAGCCUUUGGCCCUGUGUGAUGCCAGAUCCGUUCGAGACGACGAGCUCCACGAUACCAUGCACUGCGUUCCCUUCCGGUGGCCUCACAAGCCUACUGAGAACCAUAUGUGGCAGGUUGCGCCGCCCGAAACGCCUGACCAGCAUAAGUGGUGGUUCCGCGGCGGUAUGACGAGGGACGAUGUUAUUCUCAUUAAGAUCUUUGAUUCUAAGAAGGAUGGACGUGCUAGGCGCACUCCUCACAGUGCUUUCCCUACGCCUGAUGAUAUCGGUCCUGCGAGACGGAGCAUCGAGACUCGAUUCUUCCUCUUCUGGGAGGACCAGAGCUGCGAGUAG